CUAGGCGUGUAGACUGCUUCUACAAACAUUUGUGAAAGAAUGGGUCGCUCUCAGGAGCGUGAAUUCAAACGUGGUUCUGUGAUAGGUUGCCACCUGUGCAAUAAGUCCAUCCGUGAAAUUUCCUUGCUACUAAAUAUUCCACGAUCAACUGUUAGUGGUAUUCUAACAAUGUGGAAGCAACUGGGAACAACAGCAACUCUGUCAUUUUACCAUUGGAUGCAGUGGUGUAAAGCGUGUUCGCUGGAGUGAUGAAUCAUGCUUCUGUCUAGCAAUCCGAUGGACUUGUCUGGGUUUGGCAGUUGCCAGUAGAAUGGUACUUGCCUAGCUGCAUUGUGCCAAGUGUAA